AUUUUGCAACGGUGACCGUUGACCUCCCGGCUGCGCGUGCGUACAAGGGAAUGUCAGUUUGAACUGGAGAAUCGGUGGAACGACGAAAUUGGCGAAAUUGCUCAAAGAUGGCGGCCGUGAAUGUGUAUGCCACCAGCGCGACGUCAGACAACCUGAGCCGACAUGAGAUGAUUGCACGGGUUAACGACUGCCUGCAGCUCAAAUACACAAAAAUUGAAGACCUUUGCACAGGUGCAGCAUACUGCCAGUUUAUGGACAUGCUCUUUCCAGCUUCACUUGUGAUGAAGAAGGUGAAGUUUGUUGCCAAACUGGAACAUGAGUACAUCCAGAACUUCAAGCUCUUACAGGGAGCUUUCAAGAAAAUGGGAGUGGACAAGAUUAUUCCAGUGGACAAACUUGUGAAGGGGAGAUUCCAGGACAACUUUGAGUUUGUGCAGUGGUUCAAGAAGUUCUUUGAUGCCAACUACGGAGGGAAGGACUACGACCCCAUCUACGCCAGAGAAGGAGCGGAGGUGGUAGGAAAGGACAACCCCGGUGCCAGAGUCAGCAAGCCUGCCAGGAAACCGGUGGGCGGAGCAGCACCUCGCACCAAGCCAGCACCUCGGCCAGCAAUGCAUAAAUCCCCCCUACAGCACAGAAUGGAUGGAGGGGACAGAGCACAGGCUCAAGAAAUUGCAGAGUUGAAUCAACAGCUGAUGGAGAUCAGGAUGACAGUGGAAGGGCUGGAGAAGGAGAGGGAUUUCUACUUUGGCAAGCUGCGCAAGAUCGAGGUCCUCUGUCAGGAGAACGAGGGAGACAACCACCCCGCCCUUGGCCUAAUCAUGGACGAGCUGUACGCAACAGAGGAUGGCUUUGCAGCACCUGAUGAUGAUGGUAUUGAUGACCUUGGUCAAGACGAUGAAUAUUGAAAACUGCCUUGGCUUUAAGCAGGACUUAUAAACAACGCAGCGCCUUGCUUCUUCAUGUGUGAGACUUUAAGCACUGUUUGUUGUCUUAAAGAUACUGCCAGACUUGCCCUGAGUUUUGGUACAUCUUUGUUUUCCAUGUCUGUCUCUUCCACUGUCACCAGUUAUUUUCUAUGCAAAAAUUUCAGUUCCUUUUAAACUGUUUUGAAUGGUCACAUAACAUGUGCAGUCAUGCUUUGCUCUAGUAACUAGUAGUAUUUGAAACAAAUAGUCACCAAUUCUAGGGAUACUUACUGGAUUCACAACAUUGAAGUUGCAUGUUGUAUCUGGUAUGUUUUUCUUCAACUUUCAAUGUUGGAUGAGUUGUAAGUCUUGUAUUGCAUUCCACUCUGCCACCCCAAAUGUCCUCAAAAACUGCUGGUCUCUGUCAGUCGUUUUGUCCCAUUUUCUCAACUUUAAACUAUUAAGUGUAUCCAUUACAUACCCUUGUGCUACAUUGGAAUUACAGUUUAAUGUAUAUCAUCUAUUUUGUAUGGCAGCAUCUUCACAUGAAAGAGAUGAAGAUGUUGCCAUAUGAGCAGUAUUUCAAAUGUCUAGCUUCACUAGUACUUAUUUCAUAAUAUGAUGUAUCUGUACACCAAUUCACAUUUAACAUAGAUAUCUUGGAUGGAAAGCUUAAGUUUUCAAGGAAAAUGAAUGUUCACUCUGAUCAAAUUUUGAGCCAUGUUUCUUGAACUUAAAGUUUCUAAAAAAAAAGAGGGCCAUUCUUCUCAGAAAGAUGUGCUAAGUUGAAGGGCUGUCACUUUGCCAUGCCAGUAACUAACAGGCAUGCUUUGUAAGAACAACGCAAGGAAUAUCUGUGCUUGUUUUUUUCUAGAUAUGAGUCUGAAGGACAAUCAGUCCUAUGCUUGUUGUUGUAGUGCACAAUUAUUGUUGAUACUGGAAACUAGGUAGCAUAGGGCGUCCUAGACCCUUAAAUCUAAAUUCUACCCAAGUUGAACAUGUAAAAACUUUGCAAUGAAGUCUGAAAGGCAACUUUGUUUCAAUUUUACUAGAAGGCGCAUUGAUAGAGUCCUGUGUCACUAUGAAACUGGUUCUUCAGAGUUGUAUAUUUGAAAAUUGAGAUGAGUCCAUUGCCAAGGGAAGCAUUGUGAAAAGUAGUUUUUUAUUUUCUUUAUAGAAGUGGAGGACAGGCCUUUCAUUCUAAGCAAAUUAAGGCCUUCACUUCAGCCCAAUAGUAUAUUGGCUGCCUUCAAAGGUUAAAAUCUAAGUUUGACGUCAGGCUUUAAUAUGGAAGUCUUAGUGAGAAAUUUAGGACAGACUGCCUUGAGAUAUAAGCUGCAUUAGUUGUAGACAGAUGCUGUAACAACUGUGUAGUGAUGACACAUUCUUUUUGUAAAUAUUGUGCUCCUUCACCAUAUUAGCACAUUCUUUGUAUGUCAUCAGAUUCUGAAUGUCAAAAUGUGUGGAACUGUUGAUUGAAUUUUGAAACACAUGUGCACACACAUACACACACAGAGAGUAACAUUUCUGUGUCUGUCCUCAAUCUGUCUUGAAGAGUCUUAAUGUGAGAAUUCAUCUUGCUUUUCGUCUUCCACUUGUGUUCUGUGAACAAGCUAUGUAUGUUCAAGAUAUCAAACAAAUACUUUAGAUAGGAUUGAUCAUUGUAAUUGGGACUGUUUGAAUUAUACAUCAUUGCUUGGUAAUUUUGUACUGCCAAUUUACCAUAUAGUAAUGUGACAACAUGACCCUAUGUUGUGAGAUCUUGAUGGCUUUCAACUAUACUGUAUCAGUUUAAUUUCAAAAUACAGGGUCAGUUCAGACCUAUAGAUAGGGACAUGCAAAAGCAGACAGUUCAUUCUCAGUCUUAAUGGAUCCCAGUGCACAUUGCACUGUUGAGAAAUAAUAAUUCAGUGCAAAGUGGCAAAUAUAAAUGCAACAACAAAAGUCCCCAAGUCCUUGCUCAAAGCAUUUGCAAAACUGCCAUGCAUUCUGCCACCAGUACCUAAUACUGUAACUACUAUUGCCAACAUGGAAGGCAGGAAAAAAACAUGGAUCAGCGAUUGUGAACCACUUUACAGAAUACAGUUCCUCUCUGGAGACAUACAUGUAGGUGUGGAAUAAGACGUCUCCAAGGUAACAUUGUUUCAGCAGGUGGGAAGUUUUGAAGAUGAGAGCAAUGGAUGGACUAUUCAUGUACAUGUACCUUUACCUUGGUUUGAAGUCAAUAAAUGCUAUAUA